UCUUCUUGCACUACCAUAGUACCUCAGAUGGAUCUCCCCUGUGACACGAUAAUUCCCGCACCAUAUGUGGCUGAUACGCCGGACCAAGGUUCCAAUUCCGGGGUGUGUGUGGUUCAAUCGCCGGUCCAACAAUCCGAUGCGGACGCAUUUGUGCCUGAAACGGCAGUCCAACGUUUCGAUGAUACCAAACGUUUGUCAGAUCUGGCGAAGAAUGAAGCUGCGGAGAAGGCGGAUCUGCAAUGGAUUGAGAGAAACGCGAGGUUGGCUCUGGCAGUUCUUCCAUACCAAACCGCGUCUGAACUUGAGGCCGCACAGAAAGGCAGCGAGGCCAUGCUGAAACUAAUACUCCCUCAAAGGAAGGUUGGAUCUGAUUAUCUAAAAGGGUGGGAUGAAUUGUGGAAGCGUUGAGGGUGUUUGAGUGCUGAUACUGCACAUGCACUUGCCGAUAAGUACAUUACCUUCAGAAUGUUGUGUGUUUGGUUGUGUGUUCUCAACAUAUGGGGGCUCAUCUUCAAAAUCAGCAUCAGCUUCAUAUUCUUCAGCUGCAAGCCCCAGCUCAAUCAGUAGCAUCUCUUCUGGAGGAAUACAAUCUGAAGCUGCUGCACUCAUGUGAAGAGUAGAUCUGCUGGAAAAAGUGUGUGGACUGGGUGCUGUUUCUUCGUUCAUUUGCUAGCUCAGAUGUGCAGAAAAGCUGAUUGCAUUUGUUGUUUUGCUAUUUUUAGGAUACAAGUGUAAAAAUAGAUAGACACUUCUAUUUAUAGUGGGUCUUGUAGGGUUUGAUUUGGAGGGAAAUGUCAUCUCCUCCUUUGUUU